CUUAUUAAAAUCUUUUCUAUUGAAUUAUUUUCCCCCGAUAAAUUUGCAGAAUCUGGAGCUUUUUUUAUUUUCUGCUUCCACACUCCAGACCAGCUGGUGGCGGUAGAGAGCAGUAAGAAAAUGAACAGUGAAGCGGGAGAAGAAGUGGUGUAUAAGUCAGGGGACCAGAGAACAGAAUUGCCCAGUCAAACUGGAGUCCUAACGAAAUCCGCCACAGCGCAACUCGGCUAACGCUUUCGUUGACUUCAUCCUCUUCAGUCCGACCGGAGCCGACAAGAACCGGCUCAGACCAGCAGCACCCGCCGCCGCUAGUGCCGUGUCGCCGUUACCCCGUCUGCGGUGAACCGUUACAGUCCGCCAUGAUGUCGCAAGCGAGGAAGAGGAGCCUUUUUGCGGCGGAUGACGACGAGCCCAUGCCCGCGCCGAAAGUGCACGCCCGCGGGGACGAGGCUCACAGACACGUCGCUGCUCUGGUUCUGGCGAGAGGAGGAAGCAAAGGCAUCACCCUGAAGAACAUCAAGAAGUUAGCGGGUCUGCCGCUGCUGGGCUGGGUCCUGAGAGCGGCAGUGGACUGCAACAUGUUCCACAGUGUGUGGGUGUCGACGGACCACGACGAGAUCGAGAAGGUCGCGAGAGCGUUCGGAGCUCAGGUUCAUCGCAGGAGUGCCGAAGUUUCCCGAGACACUACGUCAUCGCUGGAGACCAUUCAGGAGUUUGUCAGACUUCACUCAGAGGUCGACGUGAUCUGCAACAUCCAGGCCACGUCGCCAUGUCUGCAUCCGUACCACCUGCAGGGGGCGCUGGAGAUGAUCACGCUGCAGGGCUUUGACUCCGUCUUCUCCGUGGUCCGGAGGCACCACUUCCGCUGGCAGGAAGUGAAGGAAGGAAAAAACAAAGUCACCAAGCCGCUCAAUCUGGACCCAGCGAAUCGCCCGCGGCGUCAGGACUGGGACGGAGAGCUGUGCGAGAACGGCUCUUUCUACUUAACCACCAGAGACCUGGUCUUGAAUAAGAACAUCCUGCAGGGCGGCGUGACCGGCUACUACGAGAUGAAGCCGGAGUUCAGCGUGGACAUUGACGUGGACAUCGACUGGCCCGUGGCAGAACAGAGAGUUCUCAGGUAUGGUUACCAUGGUAAGGUGGUUCGCCUCAUGUUCUGCAACAUCUCGGGCUGUUUAACAGAUGGAAGGGUCUUGAUGUCGGGAAGUGGAGAAGACAUGGUGGCCAUUAACACCAAAGACACCGUCGGCAUCCAGAUGCUACAGAGCGAGGAAGUAGAGGUGGUGCUGGUGACGUCCAGCGUGGAUCUCUUGAACAGCGCGCUGGUUGACAAACUGGCCAAGAGGGCGGGCUGCGAAGUCACGAAGGUGGGCGAGGAACCGAUGAAGGAUCUGAAGCUGGUCCUUGAGCGUAAGAAGCUGAAGUGGAACCAAGUGGCCUUCAUGGGUAACGACAAAGUGGACGUCAACUGUCUGAACCUGGCGGGUUUGAGCGCCGUGCCCAGCGACGCCCCGAUCGCGGCCACUGACGCCGCAAAGUACACGUGUCGCAACGUCGGGGGAAGCGGCGCCGUCAGGGAGUUUGGCGAAUACAUUCUGCUCCAAAGAGAAAAGGCAAAAAUGAAGCAGGACAGAAUCGACACGAGCAGCAAAUGAAAGUCUGAGUUUGAGCAGCUUAUGCCCAAUGACAAAAAAAAAAUGCAAAUAUGCACGAGAAAUAGCAGAUAAUGAUUUACAAUCGAACCGUAGUCGUAGUAGUACAUAAUUGGUUCUUGGGGGGGGGGGGGGGAAUGGAAGUUUGUAUUUUUAUGGGUGCUAUCUGUGUCAAAUGUUACGUUUUAUUGGAGGCGGAGCUUCAACGGCCUUGUUAUUUUGAACCAAAGCUAGAUUUGCCGGUCUUUCUCUUUAGCCUCAUGCUAUGGUCAAGCUGUAGACCGCCACAUGACUCGACUCGUUUUACGUCGCCUCGUUGGUUUGUUUAUGUCGCCAGGGCUGGUUUCUACGGUGGCCCUGAAGACUUGACGCGAGUGCAACAGCUUAUAAAAAUUGUGGUACUUCAUACUACUUGUGCAUGUAGUACAAGUAGUAUGAAGACGAACGAUACGGAAACAAGAUGAACCACUGACACCGACAGUUAACUUUAAACGUACCGUAAAGGAGGAUACUGUAAAUCUGUGUUUUGACGUUUUCUGUCCAGAGAACGCUAACGCAUCGCAAUGAAAGCACGUGAAAUAGUCGAGAUAUUUCAGUCGGCGUCCGAUAUGAAGUGAACUUCACUGAAGUGAAUCGGUUGUUAUGUCUUCUCUUUUUGGUUUGAGCUUUUUACUCGUUGAGUAAAAACGUUCUCAACUGUUUCAUUGUCCUGGAGGGCAAAGGCGACUCGGGGAAAACAUUCGUUGGAGUACACCGCGCGUCCUUCUGUUAUUGUUGAUUCUUGACUGUUGACUGUUGCAUGAUGGGAUUGCGUGAAGGUCAAGUACCUGGAGCUCUGUUACCGGUCUUUGUGCUUCCUGUUCGCCCUCUUUGAAAAAGAAAAUGUACAUAGAAAUAUGCUGCAGCGUAAAUUAACACUACGCUCGUUCAAAAAUAGGCUAAAUAACUUAGCAUAGCACAGAAUUCAGCUGUGUAAUUUACAGAGUAGGACUGCUACGCUGCUACCAAAGCUGCUGUUAACAUUAGCGUAGCUUGUUUUUGGUUCAGGGUUCUUGUAACGUUCUUCUUUUUUUUUUUUUUAUCAUUAGGUUGGAAAAUCAAGAACGAAUAAAACAAUUAUGUUAGCUAAGCUGCUGUUAGCAUUAGCUUAGCUUGAUUUCAGGUCAGAAUUCUUCUAGUGUUCACUGUUACAAAGUUUUUGGUUUUAAUUCAUCAAGUUGAACAUGAAGAACAUAAGUGUCAAAAACAAAACAAUUUGGUUAGCUAAGCUGCUGUUAGCAUUAGCUUAGCUUGAUUUCAGGUCAGAAUUCUUCUAGUGUUCACUGUUACAAAGUUUUUGGUUUUAAUUAAUUCAUCAAGUUGAACAUGAAGAACAUGUGUCAAAAACAAAACAAUUUGGUUAGCUAAGCUGCUGUUAGCAUUAGCUUAGCUUGAUUUCAGGUCAGAAUUCUUCUAGUGUUCACUGUUACAAAGUUUUUGGUUUUAAUUACGUAAUUCAUCAAGUUGAACAUGAAGAACAUGUGUCAAAAACAAAGCAAUUAUGUUAGCUAAGCUGCUGUCAGCAUUAGCUUUGCUUGUUUUCAGGUCAGGAUUCUUUUAGCAUUCACUGUUACAAAGUUUUGUUUUUAAUUCAUUUGUUAAAGUUGGCAAUAAUAAAGAACACAUAAGUGUUGAAAACAAUUAAGUUGGCUAAACUUCGGUUAGCAUUAGCUUGUUUUUAGGUCAGGAAUGAUUAUGAGUGUGUGUGUGUGUUUUUUUUGUUUUUGUUACUGUCCACCGUUUAUCCAUAAAACAAUUUGUUUGUUUUUACUGUUUGUUUCCUGUGAAUUAAUGUGACUUAAAGGUUUGAUAAGGACGUUUUUAAGGACUGAGAGGAAUAUUGUGGUGAAAUAAAAAAUAAUUAGUCUUCUGUGUUGAAUGAGGAAAAUA